GGUACAUUUACUUGUACGCGGCGGCGACCAGAGCAGCUCUGCACUGGCAGUAGUGGUUGCCUGACAGCGGCGUGCACACCACCCGGGGAUGACCUGCCCCACGACAUGACCCGCCUCGCCGCAAGCGCUGGUGUUUGUCUGUUGACUCUGCUGCAUGUGACGAGCGCCGGCCACCUGGGGGUGGCGGCUGCGGGGGCCACCGCCGCCCCCGACAACACUUCUGCCUCUCUAGUCUACAACACCAAUGACACUAGCCAGUUCCAGUUUACUGAUCCUGAGCUCCAGGCGGAGCCGUGCGGAUGCUGGAACACGACCGAGGACGGCCGCGAGGUGGAGGUCGAGUGCAAAUGCAGCGGCCCACGCCUCACCUUCAUCCCCGCCGACCUGGCUAGAGGCGUCCAGCGGAUAUCUCUGGUUAACGUGGCCUUGCAGACGAUCCCGAGCGACGCUUUCCAGCCGUACCGUUCGACCCUGCAGGACAUCGUCUUGCUCAAAUUGCGGAAACUGGUUGCGAUCGAGGCAGGCGCCUUCGAGAAUCUCACCAAGCUGCGAACAGUGUAUAUUGACCACGCACCACUGCUCACGAGUUUGCCCUUCAAACUUUUCCACAUCAACAUGCCCAGCUUGAAAAUCAUCCGCAUCGUUCACACCGGAAUUACAACCUUGCCGCAUUUGAGUGGUCUCAAAACCAGCUCCAUUCUUCACAUGGUGGACCUGGAGAGCAACCGCAUUGCCAAAGUCACCUCCAACUCAGUCCGCGUGCGCACCGAGCAAUUUUUGCUCAACUACAACAGAAUCAGUGAGGUCGAGGACUACGCGUUCAACGAGGCCGAGAUCGCCAAACUGAGUCUCAAAGGAAAUAAGGCGCUGGUCGUGAUACAUCCCGAGGCGUUCAUAGGGCUCAAGAGCCUCCGCGAGCUGGACCUGUCGCAGACUUCGAUUUCGCAGCUGCCCAGCAAAGGUCUGAAGGAAAUCGAGAUUCUCCGGCUGGAAGACACGCAGCGCCUCAAAGAGAUCCCUUCCAUUUAUUAUUUCGAGUACUUGACGGCAGCAUUUCUCAACUACCCGUAUCACUGCUGCGCCUUCCAGUUUCCCGCCAAGCACGACCCGCACGAGUUCGAGAAACAUCAGCGUUUCGUGCAAAUGAUUCAAGCCAAAUAUUGCUCGGAACCUACUGUUGUUCGGGAAAAGCGAGCGUCCAAUUCCUCCGGAGAAGAAGGUUUCGGCGAAUUCGGCCGCGUCGUCUUCUCGCCAGACAACAUGAGCACGCCUCAGCACAACGCGGUCGACUGGGGCAUCUUGGCCGAACAACACAACCCACCCAAUUUCGACCCUUACUUCCUCGAUCCCCACAGAGGAUUUGGACAGGUGAGCGACUUGGGAGGCUCAGGGGGUUCCGCAUCCGGAGCGGAGGGUGUUUUUCACCCGAGCGGUGCCAUCUCGCCGCUCAUAGUUCAAGCCUACUGCGGCAAUUUGUCGCGCACCACCCGGGACGUCAAGUGCAGUCCCACCCCAGACGCCUUCAACCCUUGCGAGGACCUUAUGGGCAACUGGUGGCUCAGGGUUUCCUCUUGGAUGGUCGUCCUGGCGGCCGUUUUUGGAAACCUUGCAGUGCUUGUCGUCCUGCUCAGUUCCAGGUUUCGAAUGACGGUGCCGAAGUUUCUGAUGUGCAACUUGGCUUUUGCCGACCUCUGCAUGGGCACCUACUUGCUCAUGAUUGCCGCCAUGGACGUGCACUCGAUGGGCGCCUACUUCAACUACGCCAUUGACUGGCAAGAGGGCUACGGAUGUCAAGUGGCCGGUUUUCUGACCGUCUUUGCCAGCGAGUUGUCCAUUUUCACGCUCACUCUCAUCACUAGCGAGCGGUGGUACGCGAUCACAUACGCUUUGCACCUAGACAAGCGACUUAAGCUGUUCAGUGCGGCGAAAAUUAUGGCCCUCGGCUGGUUGUAUUCAGUCACCAUGGCUACCCUUCCUCUGCUCGGCAUCAGCGGCUAUUCGAAAACCAGCAUCUGCCUGCCGAUGGAUAACACGGACAUCGAGGACCAAGUUUACCUGGUGACACUUCUCCUGGUGAAUGGUUUGGCGUUCGUGCUAAUCUGCGGUUGCUACCUGAAAAUCUACUGCACCAUCAGCGGCCACAACACGAUCGCCUCGCGCACCGACACCACGGUGGCCAAAAGGAUGGCCCUGCUCGUCUUCACCGACUUUGCUUGCUGGGCGCCCAUCGCAUUUUUCGGACUCACCGCCGUCGCUGGCUUCCCACUCAUUGACGUCACAGGCUCAAAGGUGCUGUUGGUGUUCUUCUACCCGCUGAACUCGUGCGCCAACCCGUACCUGUACGCCAUCCUGACCAAGCAGUACCGACGCGACCUGCGCGCCAUGUGCUCGCGGCGCAGCUACUGCGCCAAAAAGCCGACCAAGGCCGUGGCCGCCUCGGCCAUUUCUCAGCCGAUGCGCAACACCUACUCGACCGGGCCCCAGCAGCCCAACAGCGCGGCCGACCUGCGGCCGCCGGAGCAGCGGCGGCCGUCGGCGGCCACGACGGGCCGCGAGGCCAGUUCGAGCAGCAGCAGGUCCAAGGGGUCGCCGCACCCCCUGCGCAACUCGACCACCAAAUUGCACAUCACCGGCGAACAGGAGAUGCUGCUGCGGAGGGCCGUCGAGCAGGCCGUCCUGCCCGACGCCCACAGCGCCCCCGAACCCUUCAUCAGCAGCAACGUUUGACUUUUUAUUCAUUCAAUUGGAUUUCUUUUCAACUCCUCAAGUCUUCACCCUCUAAAUAAAUAAUGUAUAAUUGUUUCGCUUAUUUGUGUUAAAUGGCAGUGUUAUCUGUGAUGGCUGUGAAGUUAUUUUUCCCAUGGAGUGUCUGUGUGCCAAAAACUUAUUAGCCGAGAUAAAAAAAAUGUAUAUCAAUCAGGGGCGACUGUGAAAUUUUUAGAUCGAUAAGAAACUUUUAAUUUAAAUCUCAAUUUGUAGCGCAAAUAUUGCCUAUUUUUAACAUUAAUUUUAAAAUUUUGAGGUUAUUUAAAAUUAAUUAUUUAAAACUUAAAAACUAUAAGAAAAUCCAACCUAAAUUUUAAAUUUUAAAGGGCUUCUUCAGAAAUGAUUUUAUUCUUGCAAAGAGACAAAAUUUCAUGACUGACAUCGUCAUUGUGAUCAAAUUUUUGUACACUCAAGGGUUGAAAACUUUUUCAAGUCACUAUCAUUUUCCCACAAGUCUUAAAUUCUUUUUAUGAGAAAUUUUAAUGAGAAAAGUAGAACCUUUGAUUAAUUCUCUUUUCAAUCCUUAGAAGUGCGGAAUUUUCAAUAGCGAUUUCUGUGACUAUCAUGGAAUUUUGUGUUCUUUUGAACUAAAAAAUUUCACUGGUAAGAAGAGCCUUUUAUGCACCUCAAAUUUACCAUUUCAAAAAUUUAUCAUCAAAAAGAUCCACAGUUUUAUAAAUAUUUACAAGCACCAAUCUUCAAGCAUCAGCAAUUGCAAAUUUUUCAGAAAUUUUUGAGCCCCUUGCUGAUCACUAGUGCGGUAAAUUAAAAGUUUGUAGUUUUCUAGCUAAAGAUGCUCUUACUUAAAAACGGGCAGGGGGAUUAUUUUCCUUUCAUAAUUAAUUAAUUUAAUUUAUAGCUGAAGUGCUUUGAAAACUUAUUCGAAAGCUUCAGUAAAACGCUUAAAAUUUUUUCUUAUAAUGUUCGUCGGAUAAAAAAAGUUGUGCUUAUGUCGUGCAGGUUGCAUAAGUCGUUGGCAAGCAGGCGUUUCCCAAACAACGUCGGCAGCUUGUUUUCAUAAUAUUUUGAGUGUCGGAAGUUCUGAAUUGAUUAUUUCACGAUUCCCUUUUCUGGUUCGCGAGUUUUCCGAGUGAAGGUUGUUAAUGCGAGUGUGAAGUAGAGAGAAAACUUUCGAGAACGCGAGCACCACUCGAAGCCCACGGCUGCUCUGAAGAGUUUCGAUCAUCAGGCGUCAGUUAUCGCAUGUUUGGAGGGUACAUGUGAGGAGAUGCGACGCAAAUCACGGGCCAAUGAAUAAUUAGGUGUGAGAUGUGAUUUGUGUCGGAUUGAUUAUUGAUCAUCAAGUUUCGUCAUAUUUAUUCAUAAUUUUGUAAAAUCGCAAACAUAUGUAUACUUAUAAUUAUUAAUUUUUUUUUUUUAAAAAGUGUGAAAUUUUAAAUUAUUGGUGAUAAUGUUAUAUUAGAAAUAUACUAUUAAGUUCUUGAAAAGAAAAUAAAAAAAUAUUUUCUGUAUGUGUAAAAAUAUUAAGAAGAAAUAUGAAUACAACAAAGUUAUUUAUGUUGAAUAUUUAACGUUUGACGUUUGUUGUUGGCGGUGAAACAAAACCACAGAGCGUGUGUACCAUUUCCUAUUCAAUGGUGAACCGGUCGAUAUUAUGCAUUCCAAAAUCGCGAUCGCUGUUAUAUUGCUCUGUUCGCGGAAAAAAAAUAUUCGGUUCCAUUGAUUGUGUAAUAAAUUCUGUUAUUGCCACCACGUGUGAAGCUUGUGAAUGUGUCGUUGUUGAAUGAAAAGGAUAUGGAGACGUAAAAAGGAAAUAUGAACAAGUUGAUGGAACAUGAGAUGUUCUUUUUUAAUAAAGCGCCUGGCGGGCACCAUACA